AUGGAGCCCUGUAGUCCAGGCCCCAGGGUGCUGUUCAGCAGAGUCCUCUCAGGCUGCGCCAUCAUUGUCCGAGGGCAGCCCCGUGGGGGGCCCCCUCCUGAGCGGCAGAUCAACCUCAGCAAUAUCCGUGCUGGAAACCUCGCCCGCCGGGCUGCUGCAGGACAGCCAGAUGCCAAGGAUACCCCUGAUGAGCCCUGGGGAUUUCCGGCUCGUGAGUUCCUGCGAAAGAAGCUCAUUGGGAAGGAGGUGUGCUUCACUGUGGAGUACAAGACCCCGCAAGGCCGGGAGUAUGGCAUGGUGUACCUUGGGAAAGACACGACUGGGGAGAACAUUGCUGAGUCUCUCGUGGCAGAAGGCCUGGCCUCUCGCAGGGAAGGAAUCCGAGCCAAUAAUCCUGAGCAGAACAGACUGGCUGAGCUGGAAGAUCAGGCGAAGGUUGCGAAAAAAGGAAUGUGGAGCGAAGGAACAGGCUCUCACACGGUCCGGGAUCUCAAGUACACGAUUGAAAACCCACGCCACUUUGUGGACUCCAUGCACCAGAAGCCAGUCAAUGCCAUCAUAGAACAUGUCCGGGAUGGCAGCGUGGUCAGAGCCCUGCUCCUCCCCGAUUACUACCUGGUCACCGUCAUGCUUUCUGGCAUCAAGUGCCCCACGUUCAAGCGGGAGGCAGAUGGUGCAGAGACACCGGAGCCAUUUGCAGCAGAAGCAAAGUUCUUCACUGAGUCGCGGCUGCUGCAGAGAGACGUGCAGAUUGUCCUGGAGAGCUGCCACAAUCAGAACAUCCUGGGCACCAUCCUCCAUCCGAAUGGCAACAUCACGGAGCUGCUGCUGAAGGAAGGCUUUGCUCGCUGUGUGGACUGGUCCAUCGCCGUGUACACCCGCGGGGCUGAGAAGCUGCGAGCGGCUGAAAGGUACGCCAAGGAACGCAAGCUGAGAAUCUGGAGAGACUAUGUGGCUCCCACGGCUAAUCUGGACCAGAAGGACAAGCAGUUCGUUGCCAAGGUGAUGCAAGUGCUAAACGCAGAUGCCAUUGUGGUUAAGCUGAACUCUGGAGACUACAAAACCAUUCAUCUGUCCAGCAUCAGACCACCUAGACUGGAAGGAGAAGGCACCCAGGACAAGAACCGGAAGCUGCGCCCGCUCUAUGACAUUCCAUACAUGUUUGAAGCCCGGGAGUUCCUGCGGAAAAAGCUCAUCGGAAAGAAGGUGAACGUCACUGUGGACUACAUCAGACCUGCCAGCACCGCCACGGAGACUGUGCCUGCCUUCUCAGAGCGAACCUGUGCGACUGUUGCCAUUGGAGGCAUAAACAUCGCUGAGGCCCUAGUGAGCAAGGGUCUUGCCACAGUCAUCCGCUACCGGCAGGACGACGACCAGCGAUCCUCGCACUAUGACGAGCUGCUGGCCGCGGAGGCACGGGCUAUCAAGAAUGGCAAAGGAUUGCACAGCAAGAAAGAGGUGCCAAUACACCGGGUGGCCGAUAUCUCUGGGGACACCCAGAAGGCCAAGCAGUUCCUGCCCUUCCUGCAGCGGGCCGGCCGCUCCGAGGCGGUGGUGGAGUACGUCUUCAGCGGCUCUCGGCUCAAGCUGUACAUGCCAAAGGAAACCUGCCUUAUCACCUUCCUGCUAGCAGGCAUCGAGUGUCCCCGCGGAGCACGAAACCUUCCCGGCCUGGUCCAGGAGGGAGAGCCCUUCAGCGAAGAAGCCACCGUCUUCACCAAGGAGCUGGUGCUGCAGCGUGAGGAGAGGGGCAGCAAUUGCUGGUUGAUCGAGUUCCCCAGCUGUGGAACCCCUGACUGCGCGGCGCUCUGCUGA